AUGCAAGCUAUCGCGAGCCCCACCAGCCCGCGCUCCGGCAGCCACAUCCAGACCGGCUCCUACACCCUGCGCAAGCUGCUCUCCGACAUACCGCUCUCCGCCGACGGCAAUGACCAGGAUGUCCGCAUCACCUGCGUCGAGUUCUGGAAUGAAAACCUGUACAUAGGCACGUCCGCCGCUGAGAUUCUGCACUUCGUCCUCAUCCCGCCCGGCCCAGACGACCCGCUCGGCCAGCCGAGCUUCAUCAUUGCGUCGCGCCUGCAGCCAGCCUUCACGCAACUGUCCGCCGCCGGCGUCCAACAGAUCCUGCUCCUUCCGAACGUCAACAAAGCGUGCAUCCUCUGCAACAAUGCCCUUACUUUCUACACCCUGCCCGAGCUGAGUCCGGCUUUCGCCUCGCAGAAACCGAUAAGCUGUGUGUGGGUCGGCGGCGUCGACCUCAACGGCGCCCCCCAGAAUGACUCGGAGCAGGGCGCCGUGAUAAUGAUGUGUUUGCGCAGCCGCAUCCAGCUUGUCAGGAUUGCAGAGGAGCCUCGCCGGAUACGAAACAUUGAGUUCGGUGGCUGCCUAUCGACGUCGCGCCGGGACGAUUUUGCCUGUGUCGCCGACACCCACUCCUAUGCGCUGUUGGACGUGGUCCAUCAGCAGAAGAUCCCGCUGUUUCCCAUCUCUUCUUUAGACGAGGACGCCGCGUCCACGGUCGGUGGUGCUUCCCAGGACAUCUCCUCCCGUGAGCACAGCGUUUCCCGGAGCGUAUCUUCAAGCAGCAACAUACCCAGACCCUCGGGCGACGAACGCGGCCAUGGCCGCAGUACAAGCUGGAAUGCUUCUGGCACGGGUGAGAGGUUCGCAAGUCCAAGUCCUAGGCCGUUGAGCGGUAUCGUUGGUGGGAGGUACGGCUUCGACGCCCCGGAUUUUUUGGGGAGGUCCUUUUCUCCAAGCCCCGCCCGAACGCCUGAAGGUGGCAUUCCGCGGGAAGGGAGCCCAGCACCACGGACUGCAACUCCUGACAAGGCGCUCCCGCCAACACCGUCCGAGGUUGAGGCUAUGGAAGAGACUGCAGCGGCUACACGCCCGUCACCGUCGGUUCAGAAGAAGGCUUUUACAUCUCUGAAGCCUCAUAUAGUAUCCCCUACUCCCUCAGAGUUCCUUCUGACCACGGGGACCACGCCGGAUGAGCCUGGCGUUGGCAUGUUUGUCAAUCUUGACGGUGACGUAGUCCGCGGGACCCUUGAGUUUGAAAGCUACCCCGAGGCGCUCGUAAUCGACGGCUCGGGUGUAGAUGUAGACUUGGCGACGUCUAUAGCUGCCUCCAUGCCAUCGGCAGAACAACCCGAGGAGGGUUACAUUCUAGCUGUCAUCAAACGCAAGACCGAACACGGUAUGGUCAGCGGUGUUGAGAUUCAGCGUUGGGACCUUGAUCCCGGCGAGGGCAUUGCUUCGAAAGAGUGGUUAAAUCUGAGCAUGCUCUCCAGUAGCCUCGGGGAAGAUGUCCACCAUACACGUUACAGCAGUCAAACGCUUGGUAUCAGGACCGUCACCACCGAAACCGAGGUCAAUUUGUCCGAGAUCAGUGACAUUCUCUCCUUGAGGCGUGUUCAUUUGCGCGCAAGGAAAAGAGGUGGAUCGAUAUCUGUUUCCGCAUCCGAGAAGAUCGAUCUCGACCAGAAGGUCGAGGCUGACAAGGAACGGGAUGAAGUCGCCUUCACCAGCCGCCUCUGCAAGUUCAAAUCGCACAAUGUGCUGUGGAACAACAACGAGGUGUGGUGGGUUGUACGAAACCCACUCAUCGUGCAGCUCGAUGCCAAACUCAAGCUUGCUCAGUCGCCUACCCCCGGGAGCCGUCAGAUCGAACCUAAUUUCGAGGAUGUCGUGUACCUCUUGAACAGCAUCCGUGGUCUGGAGCCUCGCAAUGAGGCCGAGUUUCUCGGUUUCACCUACAUCCGUCAAAAGGCGUCUUUACUACUGUUCAUGGAUCUCAUCAUCCGUACCGAAUCUGGCACCUUCGCCUACGAAAUCAACAAGCGCGGCACCGAGGAGGCUCUGAUUGAGGGAGAGAUUGAUCCUCGCGUCAUUCUCGCUUUACUGCCAAACCUGAGCGGCGAAGUCAUCCAAGGUGAAAAGGGAAUUUGGGUUCAAGGCGGUCUCAAAGACACGGUUGAAAAGUUUUUGGCCCAACAGAACCCAUCCAAGUUUCCAACAGACCCCGCUGGACCAUUUGGAGAUAACUUGCUACAACUCAUAAAAAGAUACCUUCUGGUGUGGAGGCGCAAGAAAGGAUUCGGCAGCGUCGCAGAUGAAGAUGAAGUGUUCCAAACAGUCGAUGCAGCACUUCUGAAAAUUCUUUUGCUGUUGGACACUCAGAGUCCGCAAGGGCCGGCAACAGCUGGGUCCGUCCGUGCAGAACUCAACGCGCUUGUUGACAACGGCGUCGAUUGCUGGGAUCGGGCGAUUGAGCUGCUUGAGGAGUAUCAACGGCUCUAUGUCUUGAGUCGCUUGUAUCAGAGCCGAAAACAAGCAGCAAACGUGCUGGCUACGUGGAGACGCAUCAUUGAUGGCGAGAUCAACUUCGGGGGUGACUUCCUCGACGCGGAGCAGGAGUUUCGAAAGUACCUUAGCAGAAUCCGAGACCAGCCCAUGGUGGAAGAGUACGGAGCAUGGCUUGCCAACCGCAAUCCCAAGCUCGGUGUCCAGGUCUUCGCAGACGAGAGUAGCCGUGUCAAGUUCAAGCAUGAGGAGGCUGUUGCGUUGCUCAAGGAAAAGGCGCCUGCUGCAGUCAAAGAGUACCUGGAAUAUCUUGUUUACGGAAAGAAGCAAACUCAAUACGCCAACGAUCUCAUUGCCUACUACUUGGACAUCGUAGUCGCCGAACUAGAACAAUCCGAGGCGUCAAGGGCCACGCUGUUACAAACUUACGAGACCUACCGAGCCCUGCGACCCCCGAAACCAACUUACCGGCAGUUCAUCAUGGAGAAUGCACUGGAUGCGGAGUGGUGGGAUAGUCGACUGCGUCUCCUUCAGCUUCUGGGAACCGGGCAGGACGCGUCGUCGUCGUACGCCGUUGGCGACAUACUCACACGCCUCGGCCCUUAUGAACAAGAGCUUGUUCCGGAGAUGAUCAUUUUGAACGGUCGACAAGGACGUCAUGAACGGGCAAUUCGCCUUCUUACACACGGCCUUGGUGACUUUGACACGGCCAUCAGUUACUGCCUGCUUGGUGGCUCGAGCAUUUACCGGCCACCGGGCACCCGCGGAAUUCCUGCCGACGAGCUUCCCACGCAUGCCGAGCAGGCACGUCUGUUUGGGUACUUGCUGCAGGAGUUCCUGCGCAUCGAGGAUAUCACCGACUGUGUGGAACGCACCGGAGAGUUACUAGAGAGGUUUGGCGGCUGGUUUGACGUGCAGCAGGUUUUGGGCAUGAUCCCGGAUAGCUGGUCGAUUGAUAUUUUCUCGGGCUUCUUGAUUAGCGCUUUGAGGAGGCUUGUGAGAGAGAAGAAUGAGACGAGCAUCGCCCGGGCGCUGAGCGGGGCGAACAACCUGCGGACGAGCGCGGAAAUCAUUGAGAAAGUGGAAGCGAUGGGAGUGAAGGUAGAAAAGGACGGCACCGGCGGAGGACACGGGGAAGAAAUCGCAGGGUAG